GUCAAAAACAAUAGCCAAUAGUUUUUUGCAAAAUUUAUUUAUUUUUUCCGGCUUUUAAACGGAAUAUUAGUUAUUUAUUCAUAAAAAGUAUAAUAUACAUAAUUAAUAAACAAUAUAUAGAAUUUAAACAAAAUGUUACAACAACUAACCAGACAAUUGUGCAAAAUUGUUGAUAUUAAUUUUGCCACAGCUCAUCGUAAUAUUUGUGCCACUGCACGCCUUCUCAAAGGAGAUGCAGCCGAUUCUAAAGCCCAGGAGGAAGAACAGUCUAUAAUAAUAGACAAAGACAAAAAUAUAACACUUAUUGGCAUUAACCGGCCUCAAUGUCGAAAUGCCAUUAAUGCCAAGACAGCAGCCAAAUUGUGUGAUGCUUUCAGAACCUUUGAGGCCGAUGAAACUUCUCCGAUAGCUGUUCUAUAUGGUGUGGGUGGUUCAUUUUGUGCCGGUUUCGACAUUUUGGAAAUGGCCACCAGUGAUGAAGGUCAAGUUUCCAUGGAAAUGUUAAUGAUGCCAGAGGGUUCAGUUGGUCCUACCAGACGUCAUAUACACAAACCCGUAGUGUGCGGUAUUAAUGGUUAUUGUAUAGCAAACGGUUUGGAAUUGGCACUAAUGUGUGACUUGCGUGUUAUGGAAGAGUCCGCUGUUUUGGGAUUUUUCAAUAGACGUUUUGGUGUACCCGUUAUAGAUGGUGGUACUGCUCGUUUGCCCGCCAUGGUGGGUUUCUCUAGAGCUUUAGAUUUGAUUCUAACAGGCAGACAAAUCUGCGCCGAAGAAGCUCAUCAAAUUGGCAUAGCCAAUCGUAUAGUACCCACAGGCAAUGCUCUUAUCAAGGCCUUGGAAUUGGCUCAUCAACUGGCUAAAUUCCCCCAAAGUGCCCUAAACCACGAUAGAAAUUCCUUAUAUUCCUCAGUCUUUGAUGCGGCCAACUUCCAACAGGCCAUACAAAAUGAAAUUAUGUACACCUCCAAGGAUAUAAUAGAUCAAAUGCAAGAGGGUAUUAAAUGGUUUAAUAACACUUUCAAAGAAGAUACUGCUGAAUCUUGGCUUAAACGCGACAAAUCUAUGGCCGAUUGGGAUGAUGAACAAGUGGCCGAAGCUGCUGCUAAAGUUGAAGCCGAAAAACAAGCCAAAGAAAGGGCAAAAAUUGAAGCCGAAAAGAAAUUGAAAGAAGAAAAACAGAAGAAGAAAGAAAAAAAGGAAACCCCUAAAGAUACUGAGGAGUUAGAUAAACCCAAAAACGAAUAAUUGAUUUAUAUAUUUUUAUUACUAAUAUUAUUAAUGUUAAUUAACUGUUAUGAGAUUAACUCAUGUAAAAUGCAAGAAAAAAGGUCCUGAACUAAAAUAAUUAUUGAUAUAUGUG